UGCGCGCGCGUGUUUCAAAAUGGAAAGGCAGCGCGCGCCUGUUCAAACGUAACUCUUUCUGUCGUGCUUACGUGUGUUUUGAUAUUCAAGCAGCGACAUGAGUGAGCGGCAUAAAGUGUUUUUGUGGCCUAUGGAAAAUAAAUAACGGAAUUCGUCAAUCAUCGUCUCUGGAGUGACAACAGUGAACUGUGAGCCCUUUUGAAGAAACCGUCAGUGAUCCAGUAUGCUUUAGCGCAUUGUUAUUUUGAGCGGAAUCCCGUGAUUUACAAAUCCGUGGUCCACUAUUGUUGUAGUCCUAGGCCCUAGUCAAAUAAUUUUAGACCUACUGAUUUUUGGAAAUAUCGACUGGAAUAUGAAAUGACAUCUGUGAACAAUCCUCGGAUUAUACUUGUGAAAGAAGCUCCAAGUCAGGAUAGCGCUGACAUUGCAGACGAUGAAACGAACGAUGACUCGAGCAACGAGGAAACACAUGAAAAAACAGCCUCCGUCCCGAACGCCGCUCGCCAAAAGAGCGUCCGCUUCCUUGACGUGGAAGACAAUCACACGAUGCACCGUGGCAGCAUUCACGAAGAAUUGUGCCGGAUGGAUCAAAUGAAGUGUCAGGGCACGGGAAAAACCCGAUCCAGGACCAUCUCCCUGGCCGACCGGCCACCGCCAGUAUUCAGCAUCACCAGCAUCCGGAACACCGAACCACAACCGCUCUUCUCGGCCGCCAUGAACCCACAAGCCGCGGCCGACUCUAAAAGAGAAAUAGACGAGAGGAUAGACCAUCUCCUGGAGGAGUCCAGGGCCUCAGAAGACGUCUUAUGGCCCAAAGGCUCCAAGGAGAGGUUGCAGGAGAGACGAAUGACGGUGUUCCAACACCAGCUCCUUGAGUUUCGCAACAUCGAGGCAGCAAAGACGGAACUGAAGCUCCGUCUCCAGAAAUUGUCGACUUUCCUGUGCGCUGCUUCGAUCCUCGCAGUAAUACUAGGCAUCACAGAUCUUGAAUACAGCUACUCACACGGCGUGAACGCAAACACCUCCAAUUCAACAGCCUUUUUCUAUCCGGUUUCCAACGAAGCUGGCGCUUUAGCGAUCUGCCUCAAGGCCGGAAUAUCUCUGCUGUCCGUCCUGACCUGCGUUCUCUUGUACUUGUACUUCCACCAGCACUGCCGCUUCCUCAUCAUUAAGCACCACCUCCCCCUGGGCGCCACGGUCUUCACCUGUCCGGAGCGCUGGCGUUUCCUGGCCGAGAUCGUCCUGUGCAUUUUCCACGUGCCUCCCCUGACCGAGGUUUUCUUACCCAACGAACUGCAGCUCACCUCCUUCCUGCGGCUCUACCUUGUCUUUCGCUACAUGAGGGAACAUAACCACAUGGCUUUCAGCAAGUCUACACGGUUCCUUGCAUCGGUGCUGCAGACGGAACUAGGGGCCGGGUUCCUGGUCAAGACGUUCUUCCUCAAAUGGCCCUUCCGUAUGGUCGGGAUAUGCUACUGUCUCAACCUGUUCGGAGUCGGGUACCUCGUGUUCUCGAUCGACAGACGCUUCAGUCCUUCGCAUUACAACCCUUUACUCGAUGUGAUUUGGAUGCAAGUGGUUACCAUGACGACUCUUGGCUUCGGUGAUGUGGUUCCAGAUUCAGUUAUGGCAAGGGCCUUUGUUGGUAUGUCGUCCGUGUUUGGCAUAUUCCUAAUGGCGCUGCUGAUUACCGUGACCCACGAAACACUGCAGAUGUCACAACAGGAGAAGCGGAUUCUGGCUUACGUGGAACGGCAGGAUUUUGCCGAUCAGGUAAAGCAGCGUGCCGCUCGCUGCAUUCAAGCUACCUGGCGCCUGUACUGGUUCAAGCGCAGCGGCCACGACAGCUCACCUCGCCGCCGUAUGCGGCGUUUUCUUCACCCGAUCAUGAUGAGGAGCGCUAGGACGAGGAAACGCUUGGUCAACGAACUUUAUGAGGUGCUCACGCAGUGGAGGGAAAUCAGAAAGAGAAAGACACAAGAUGACGGGUGGGCGAAGGAUUUUGUUGCCGACAACACGGCUAUUAUGCUGACAGAUGUCGCCAGGCGAUUGGAGAUUAUGCACGAACUCUUGAAGAGAAGCCUUGGGAUAGAGGAUGAUGAUCUCCAGCAAGGAGAAGAACAAAUUGGCACCACGCUUAUUCUGCAGUCAGUUAGUGAAGCGCCACCACACGACGGAUCAACUUGGCCGGGUCAUCACGACGGCGGGAAGAGGGUAGACGAUGACGCCGUUUCCAUGGAGACAGUAAUGCAGCAUCUGAACGACCUGGGCGGCAGCUUGGAAGAGUCGCACCACAGGACCAUGACGGAGUUCCAAGCCCUGCGCAGCCUAAUCACGACCAGGAAAGAGGGCAAUGCGGAUAAGUAAUAACUUUUUACCUCUCGUCAAUUUCAAAACCGAUGAAAACGCGGUUAAAGGGGUAUACUUGGUGGCUUUCCAUCCCCAAGUUUAUUUUUCCGUAUACCAAAAGCGCUCAUCACUAGAUUUUCUGCUAUGAAGACUUCGUAGCUUGUUUGUAGACAUACAUAAAGAAGUUGGAGCCAACCAAGUUAUUUACUAAUUUACUCAGUUUUGGCACUUUAUAGGUGAUAAUGAAAAUUAAACUGUAAUAAUUAUUACUAUAUUGCUAUUAUCUCCUAUUCAGUUUACACAAUCUGUAGUUGACUGUCGUAUGUGCCUCGUUUUAAAUUGUUUUACACUAAUCAUUAGUAAGACAUCAACAAUCUUCCACAUCAAUUGUAAAAUGGAAGGAAUGAUAGCACACCUAGUGUUUAAAAAGUUGUCAAAGAAAUUUUUUGUCAAAACAGCCCAUCAUAAAAUUGAGUCCAGUGGAGUUAACUUUAAUAUAAAGAAUUAUGCCAUUAACAUCUCCUUGUUCAUUCACACCCAUUUAAUAUCAGUGCGUAAUGACUCCCUCAGAGGAGCCGUCUAGUACACAAAACAUGCCGACUUUUUACCCCCUCCAACAUCUGUCUCGCCAUGGAGGAAUAAGAGAGAUUACACUGGUGCUGGUGACAUCUAAAUGGUGGGGCAAAGGUACGGUGCUACAAGCGUUUCCGAUGCAUCAGUGCUGGACCCUUGGGAGUUAAAAGUGAGAAAGUCAGUUUCACGAUGUUAUUGAAGCAACAUUGGCGUUCUGCGUAAGUUGCCUCAGACGUCUCUCCCCUUGUGCUCACGGUUUAUACGCAGUGCCAACACACCCCCACAUAGUGAAAGGCGCAAGAUCUGGAGUAAUGCAUUCUGAAUAGCUGUAUUUCUCCCUACAUUAGAAAGCACAAUUGAUACACGUACAUGUGCAUGUAGUUAAACCAAAACACUCAUUACUAGAUUUCAAGGUGACAACAAUCACGUACAAAUUAAGGCCACUUUUGGCAAUAUCCCAUACUUAAAAGUGAAGGCUCUUCUUCAAUGUAUGAAAACUCUCUUACAUUCUCAAGAUUGAAAGUGCAUUUUUGAAACACUUAAAAUUAUCCAUGCUUUCCUGAAUAACUGGGGUUGCUGUUGUUAUAAUGUCAUCCAGGGAAGACAAAGUUCAGUGCAUAGGUUUUUCUGUUCAAAUUGUGAACCCAGAAUUUACCCACUGAA